UAUUCUUGUAUUCUUUUUAAAAAAAAAUACCAAAUUUUGCUUUUACCGAAAUAAUUAUUUUUAAAUUAAAAUGUCUGCCAAUUAGUAAAAUUAUUCAUAUGAAAGCUCUCAGCUGAAAAUAAAUUUGUAAAUAAUGGAAGAAGAUUUUAAUUCUUUACUUAUAAAAAUAUAAAGCAGUAUGAAUAAGAUGUCCUCAAACAAUAUAGCUCUUUCGGAGCUAUUGAAGCAAAGCGCAACAGAAUAUUGUGAGGAAGUUAUAAAAGCUAAAAAUUUACUCUAAAGUAUAAUAUCUGAUUGCGAAAAUAUCCAAGACUACUUUAUACAUAUUGAAAUUCUUUAAAAGAAAAUAAGUCACUUUAGGUUAAUCGUAGAGGAGAUUGCUAAAAUAAAAGAAAGAGAGCUCAUAGAGGUUGAGUUAGAUAACAAAUAAUGAUACAUAUCAUUCAAUAUUUAUUUAAUCUAUAAUAUAAACAUAUAAAAACAAAGAUUAUUAGAAAAUAACAUUAAGUUAAUCUAAAAAUUAUAUAAAAAUAAUUUGUCCAAAUUUACUUUUAAAUAAUAAUUAUAAAAAUAUUUUCAAAUCUGAAUCUUUUUUAUGCUUAGUUUCUUGUUAUACUUUAGUUUUUAUUUAUAUUUUAUAAAUGAAUUUCUAACAGAAAUAUCAAAAGAUAAUUUAC